GGUCGGCUGAAGUGGCGACAGAGGAGGACAGGGCCACCCGAGGAGCAGUUCUCUGCGUCAGCUGCAGCAGCUAUGACAGGACGACUCCAGCUGUAGAUGACGGGGUGCGGCCAGGACAAAGGGUUGGACGUGUGCAGAAAGGGAAAGGCAGAUCGGGAGGCUUCAGGGCCACAUGUGAAGGAGGCGGCUUCAUCAAUGAGGACACCAGGCAUGGCGGUAUUCAAGCAGCAGAAUGUGGAGGACUUUUACGAAAUCGGAGAAGAGCUGGGAAGUGGCCAGUUUGCAGUUGUCAAACGUUGCAAAGAAAAGAGCUCGGGAACAGAAUUUGCAGCCAAGUUCAUCAAGAAGCGCCUGAGUCGGUCCAGCAGACGAGGAGUCAAAAGGGAGGAGAUUGAGAGGGAGGUGACCAUCCUGCAGCAGCUGCAGCACGCCAACAUCGUGUCGCUUCACGAUGUGUAUGAGAACCGAACCGAUGUGGUGCUCGUCCUCGAACUGGUCUCGGGAGGAGAGCUGUUUGAUUUCUUGGCUCGGAAAGAGUCUCUCAGUGAGGAGGAGGCCACUCAGUUUAUCAAACAGAUCCUAGAUGGUGUCCAGUACCUCCACUCCAAGAGGAUAGCACAUUUUGAUCUAAAGCCUGAGAACAUAAUGCUGCUGGACAGGAACAUGCGUCUGCCUCGCAUCAAACUCAUCGACUUUGGACUGGCGCACCAGAUAGAAGCUGGAGCAGACUUCAAAAACAUUUUUGGGACACCUGAAUUUGUCGCUCCAGAGGUAGUCAACUAUGAGCCUCUAGGAUUGGAGGCAGACAUGUGGAGCAUCGGAGUCAUCACUUAUAUACUCUUGAGCGGCGCGUCCCCUUUUCUCGGUGACACAAAGCAGGAAACGUUAGGAAAUAUCUCAGCAAUGGACUAUGACUUUGAUGAAGAGUUCUUCAGCAAUACCAGUGAGCUGGCCAAAAGCUUCAUCCGCCAGCUCCUAGAAAAGGACACCAGAAAACGAAUGACGAUCCAAGAUGCCCUGAAUCACCCGUGGAUUAAGUCCCGCGGCCACUUGGAGGAUGCUGCUGCCGCUGCUGAUGAGGCUGAAGAGAAAACGGAGCAGCUGAAGACAAAACGUCUGAAGGAGUACACCGCCCUGUCCCACUGCAGCGUGCCCCCCAACAACACGUACGCGAACUUUGAGCGCUUCGCCCACGUGGUGGACGGUAUCAGGUUGAUGGAGACGGGGCUGUCAGAGGUGUCGGGGGCACAUCACACCCUGAAGUGUGACUUAGAGGCACUGCUCUGCAUCUACAAUGACAAAGAGUCCUCGUACAAGCAAGAGAGCGAGACGGCGAAGAAGCAGCUCUCUCAGGCCUUUUACGAGUUUCGGAAAGUGGAGGCCACCAGGCUGCUGCUGCAGGACGACAUCACGGCCGUGGAUGCCAGUUUAGAGAGCAUCAACAGGAAGUACAACCACAGACAGAGCCAGCUGGACGCUCUGCGGCAGGAGCUGAAAUCUGAGCUGCAGUGGCUGGAGGAAGUGAUGGGGACUCUGCAUCCUGAGAGAAAAGACGGGAGUCUGAAUGGAGACGUGAAGCAAACACUGAAGGAGCUGCUUCACCGGUUCUGUGCAACUGAACCGGAACACGAGGCCAAACGGGCUCUCAAAGAGUCUGGAUGAAAUUAAAGCGCUCUUCUUUUAAAUGAACACACUUGAUUUCUUUGCCCGUUUUUUGGUACCUUUCAGAUGUGCGGCUGUGGCCUUGCAUCCUACAAAAACGGCAGAUAUUGUAUGAAGGACACGUUUUACGUGAAUUAAGUUUACGCACAGGAAUUUGUGAAAUUUUCUUUCUUGUUGAGUUUUAUAGAAAUCCAACUUAUAGCAUCAUUACGGCAUCAGCCUUUAUUCUGAAGCGAAGCUUUCUUUAUGGAUUCAUGGUGAUCUGUUCAUUUUUAAUAGGAUAAAAAUGGCACUAAGGAUAAUAUUUAGUAAAAUUGGAAGUAUUCCUACAUUUAUUUAUACAGUCCUCUUUGUUUAAUUUGGAGGGUUAUUUUCAGUUUUGUAUUUUAAAAAGUAUUAUUAUUGAAGGCUUUUAUUUUUUUUUCUCUUUGAUUGGUUACUUUUUUAUUUCCUUUUGAGAUUUUAUAUUGAUGAUCUAUUUUCUUUUCUUUUAUUGUGUUUAACUUGAUUAUAAAACAUUCUUUUAUAUGGAUUCAAAUGUGCACUAUUAAUCAGGGUUGAAUUUAUUUAUUGUUUCAUUUAUUAAGUUUCCCUCCUUGGAGAGCUAACAGUGUAUGAGAUCUUUUGUGAAUUAAAUGUGUUCUUAAUCGGUCUUUUUGUUUCUGCCGCAGCCUUCACGUGCACUCACCUUUUUCCUUAUCGACCCUAAAAUAAAUUUCAUAUUCAUUCGUUGUGUUAUUUGUAAUUUCAGUUUGCCUCUUGGGGUUUAGCCAAAGUUAAACAGCACAAUUUAUUUGAAACGCUUGACAGGUUUGGUGUUGACUUUAGAGCUAUUUCCUCUGUUGUGUCAUCCUCUCUCGUGUGUCUGCAGCCUCUGAAUCCCAGACAGGCCAUGGUGAAGAGACUGUCGGUGGUCAACCUGGAGAACUUUAAGAGACAGUACGCCCGACGCAGGUGGAAGCUGUCGUUCAGAAUUGUGGCUCUUUGCAACCACCUAACGAGGAUCAUGAAGAAGAGUCA